UGAUGGCCACAGCACCCUGAGAAGAGGAGCAGACAAAGGAAAUUCAGAUAGCAAGGCUUUAACAUAACAUACACAGCCAUUGCUUUCCAUUACCGUGAACAUCUUGUCUCAAACAGCUACUUUUCAUCCUCUGUUGACCUAGAAGAACUCGGCGCUUCAGACCUGCAUAAACUUGGUCCCUGGCGACCUCGUAUUGGAUAAUAUUCCCCAGUGACAGAUCAGCGGACGAGCACGCCAUAAUGAGCACAUUCGACUCAUCGGCACCGCCCCCGACAGGUCCCAGGGCCUCUGGAGGAGCCAAAAACAACCACUCAUCGUCACGCUCGCCUACAGAUUCAGCCCUGUCAUCGUCCUUCGGCAGCACCCGGUCCCACUCAAGCUCCUCGUCCCAAAACAAUGCACGUAACCAGAACCCAGUCUUGACCUCAUCCCCAUCCACCGAGUUCACCCCAAUCAACACAGCCGGUCCCGCGGGGCGCAACUAUCAGUCCACAGAGCAAGCAGCCGCCUCCCAGCCAAAGGACCUCCAACCAAACAACGCGAACCACGACAAUGGCAACCAACCAACAACACAAGAAUCGACUUCCAAGCCCCAGCAGUCCUGGUAUGCCCGAUUCGCAGAUCGAUACGGCAGUCUCGAGCUAGAGAACAAAGGCAGUGUAGCCCGCGACCACCUCGCAUUAGAACGAACCUUCCUAGCCUGGAUGCGCACCUCCCUAGCCUUCGCCUCAAUCGGCAUCGCAGUAACGCAACUCUUCCGCCUGAACACCGCCUCCUCAAACACACACGCAAACUUCUUCGACCCAACAUCCGGCUCACAACCGGGCAUCCUCCCACCACACCUCGCCUCGUCUGGCUACGAUUCAGCCGAGUUUCACGCCUCCUCUGCGUCCAACCGUCUCCGUAGCGUGGGCAAGCCUCUCGGCUCGACUUUCAUCGGCGUGUCAAUCCUUAUCCUUGUUGUUGGCUUCCACCGCUACUUCCAGAGCCAGUAUUGGAUUAUUCGGGGGAAGUUCCCUGCUAGUCGGGGCAGUGUGGCACUUACGGCGUUAGUGGCUGCUUCGCUGAUUAUUGCUACUCUUGCGGUUAUAUUGGCGGUUUCGCCGGGGGCUAUUGAGACUUAGUUUGGGGAUUGCUUGCCGACUAGUCUUUUCUUUUCUCUCCUUUGUGCUCUUUACGUUACGCUUUCUGUUGUGAUAGUCCUCAUUUGUUUCGUUGCGUUUUGCGCGGGGCAUUUUUGCAUUUUCGGAUUUCUUGAAUUUAUACAUACGUUUCUGCCCAGGAAAAUAUGGGUUUGCGAAGAGAGGGAGGUGCAGGUACAUAUGGGUAUGCUUUUUUUUGUCUCGGUAUACUGUUGCUGAC